AUGGCAGAUCAGCCACGUUAUGCAGGAGCCGCGGCGGGCACUUCAGACGAAGAUGAGCAGCUUAUGCGUGCACUAGCCGCGAGUGUGAGUUCCAACGAAUCUAAUAUCCAAGCGCGGCCCGAGCUGGAUCGGUUACGUCACGGCAGUGAGCCCGUCGUGUUUGUUCCGAGCAUACCCACGUACAAAGCAGCAGCUUUUGCUCUCCAGGCUUUGUAUGCAGCAGAGCCUGUCCGCUCUGCGUGGUUGUCGUACCCAAUCCCAGACAGGCGUACAGACAGUGUGGCAAUGUACUGGGCGGGAGCGAGUACUACACUCACAUAUUCAGUGAUUCAACGCCUGCAGACGCUCUUUGGCUUCGCCACGUUUACCGCUCGCGCGGCUGUUGCCACGGGCGACACAGACGCGUUACUGCCCAAAGAUGUCAUCCUACGGGCGUCACAUCAAGAGUCUCUGUGCGUAUUGAUCGAAACAUUCUUGGAGGCGAUUGUUCGUGCUUGGCUUGCCGUGUCGGACGUUGAGAUGCAAGACAUCAUGCUCAGCUCACAUACAGCGACCGAGUCCAUGCAACAUUCGUUCUUGCGCGAAAGGCGCCUUCUUUUUCAGUCGUUCGCUGCUCCCGCUCUGUCAACUGAAGCAACGACCAAGCCUGACAGUCUUCUCGACAGAAAUACGGGAAACGUCCUAGAUACCGGUACGUCUAAGGAUCGUGACGAUGCCAUGACAGCGCCCACGGACACGCACUCAAAUGAAGCUGAUGCCUCAAGUAUGCUCGAGGUAAGGCCCACGAAUGGUAGCACGUCGUUCAUACCCGCAUCCCAACCGACUUCGACAAUCACACUCGUGCACACGCCGACAGAGAGUAGUGUUCCUGCAUGUUUGUGGCGCAAGUUGGCCAGCAAGAACAACAUGGAUUCGUUGCUCAUAACGGAACCAGCCGAAGUGUUGCUCCUCCCCAUUCAACACACGAGUGUAUCGAGCCCCUUCUCUAUUGACAUGACGGUGCAUCUAGACCCGUUCCUCUGGGAGAAGCGUCGAGGUGAACGUGUAGAUGGCGAUGCUUCUGCGAAACAAGCCGAAGCACUUGAGCAAGAACUUGCAAACCUUGACGCGAAGCGCACACUCUAUUGUGAAUCAAAUCCAGGACCCAUGCUUUCUUUGCUCCAGCAGGCUGAAACGCAUCUAACUAAUGUCGCACAGUCCGAUGCUCUGGCUCAGUGGCUACGGCGUGUAAGAGAAGCACUAGAACACCGCAUCCAAAGUACGUGA